AGUGGCGGAACUCAAACCCAACUAUCGACCAAAAAUAAUCAAAGCGCUCUAUAAUAAAAUUUCAAGUCCGCGCUUCGCAACUGAUGAGUAUCGCUGAUGAACUCUCUCUAUCCUAUGCUCUACGAAUCAAGCCGCCCCGUAAUUCGUCUCUCCAAAACCCUAGAAUUCGUCGAUUCUCGUCGAAUUCGUUGUAUUAAACACUCGCACAAAUAUUAGGUUUUGUAUUCGAAGCUGAUUUCGAGUUUGAAAGUCUCUCCGAUCAAGUUUCUCAGUUUUUGUGCUCACUGUGAGAUCUAGGGUUUCGUUUCCCUGCAAUUCUUGAAAGUGUUUGUGGGUUUACGAAACUGGCUAUGAACUACGAGCCCUACGACAGCAGUGGAACUGAUGACGAUCUUCCUCCAUCACAUCAAGGUAGACUUCCAAGAGGUGGUCGCGUUGCAGGGAAUGGAAGAUCUGCUGUAAUGGGUUCUGUCCCAUACCCUAGGAUGUAUGGUGAAACUGAUAUGGAGGCCCAAAUUCACCACCUGGAGCAAGAAGCAUACAGUUCAGUUCUAAGAGCCUUUAAAGCUCAAGCUGAUGCCAUAACUUGGGAGAAAGAAAGUUUAAUAACUGAACUCCGAAAAGAGUUGAGAUUAUCAAAUGAAGAACAUAGAGAGCUUCUAGGCAGGGUUAACGCUGAUGAUGUCAUCCGGAGGAUAAGGGAGUGGAGACAGGCUGGUGGGAUUCAACCUGGCAUGCUUAGUACUGGUCAAGCUGUUCAUGAUCCAGUGCCUAGUCCCACUGUCUCAGCAUCACGGAAAAAACAAAAGAUGAAUCAGUCCGUCCCUUCUCAAUCAUUUGGCGGGCCAUCUUCUUCUUUCCACCCAAAAACGGUGGCUCCUUCCCCCCAACCAUCUUCUUCAGCUGCAAAACGAGGACCUAUUAUGGGAGGCAAGGGCAAGAAGCAUAAACCUGGUCAGAUGUUGCCCAAUGCAUCGUCAAUGAGAAUGAAGUACCCUUCCUCAGGUCCAACUGGAAGGGGUCAACUUGGUAAUCAGGUUUCUUCUAGUGCCCUUGCAAGUGAACCUGCUGAAGGAGCAUCAUUUGAUAAUUUAAUUGGGAGGAAAGUGAGGACCAGGUGGCCAGAUGACAAUAAUUUUUAUGAAGCAGUUAUUACUGACUACAAUCCUGUUGAGGGCCGGCAUGCUCUUGUUUAUGAUAUUGGUACUGCAAAUGAGACAUGGGAGUGGGUCAAUCUUGCAGAGGGCCAAUUCAAUGGGAUUGAUAUUUGUCAGUGAUGUUUUGAACACACAAAUUGAGGGGUUUGUGAUCUUAUUUUGCAGGGCCAAUUCAAUGGGAUUAAUUGGGAAAUUGUUUUAGCUUUUACAUAUUUGUGGUAUCAUCAUAAAUGUGGUUCAUUAGAUCGACCAUCUGAGGAAGACAUACGGUGCAUCUAUUAUUUAGUGAUUGAGUCGGACAAUGGAUGGAAUGAAAUAGUAAUUUUAAGUGUUAGUAGUUGCCCAUCCCUGUAAUAAAUGUUUUAUUGCACACCCUCAUUCUCUAGACCCUUCUUUCACUCAAUUUCUUACCCAAACCACACCCUACUCAAGAACGAAAGGAGGUAUUUUGGGUAUAGAUAUUAAAUGUUUUUCCUUGUAAAAAAAGUUUAUAUGCUUCUUUCACCCAUGUGUAUAGAUGUUGGUUGGAUCUUCUUGUGUUUAGAUUCAAUUGCCAAGAAUUUAAUGGAGAACUUGACUCUAGAGGGUUGAAUGGUGGUGAGGAUUACUACAGGGUUGAGGAUUGAACCACCAAAGUAAUUGAGAUGAAGGCUGUUGAAUUUGAGGCAAUGAGGCAUACACACUUGACACCAGUAUUUAUCCACAUGUUCAAUGACAUGACUCAAAUCAUAUUGUGGAAGUGCUCAGAAAACUGUGUCAUUUGAAUAUCACAUUUGAUUAAGUACUAAUCUUUAAAAAUAAUAAAAUAAAACUAAAAAAAAAAAACUGUUGGAGAUUUCCUUGCUUGCAGCUUUUAUGGAUUAAUCAAAAGCAUUUUAUUUUAUAUCUCAUACUAGGCUUGUUAUUUGUUAAGAAC